GCUGAGCAAAGGAGACAGAGAAGAGAGGGGAGCGGGAGUGGGCACACAGGCACUGAUGGACGAGCCAGAGGAUACCAAACCGAGGAAGCGUUUCCCCCCCAAAUGCACCAUCUUUUUGGGAUCUCUCUUAGCAGUGGCUAUAAUUGCUUUAAUCACUGUGGCUGUCACACAGAACCGGUCGACCACGAGGAACAGUAAAUAUGGAAUUGUGCUGGAUGCUGGUUCUUCUCACACUAACUUGUAUGUAUAUGAGUGGCCAGCAGAGAAGGAGAAUGACACAGGAGUGGUGCAGCAAGUGGAUGUGUGUGAAGUGGAAGGGCCAGGGAUCUCAGCUUAUGCUCGUGAUGUGGAAAAAGCUGGUGUUUCCCUACAUCAGUGCAUGGAUAGGGCAAAGGCAAGGGUGCCACCAGAAAAGCAUCAAGAUACACCUGUUUACCUGGGAGCAACAGCUGGCAUGCGGCUGCUGAGCCUGGAGAACAAGGGCGCUGCUGAAAAGGUACUCUCUUCAGUAGAGAAGUCACUGCGCUUAUAUCCCUUCCAUUACCAGGGAGCCAGAGUCCUCAGUGGUGAGGAAGAAGGGGCCUAUGGCUGGAUCACCAUUAACUACCUGUUGGGCAAUUUCAAAGAGUCUGUCUGGCCACGCUUUCUGCCCCGUAUCUUCUCCAGUGCUGGGACCAAAGGGGCACUGGACCUUGGAGGAGCUUCCACACAGAUCACCUUUGUACCAAACCAGGAGAUAACUGAGUCACAGAAAGAUACUGUGAACUUCCGUCUCUAUGGCAAGGACUACACUGUGUAUACGCACAGUUUCUUGUGUUAUGGGAAGGAUCAGGCACUGCGCCUCAAGCUGGCCAAAGAUGUCCAGGUCACAUCAGAUGGCAGACUCGAGGAUCCGUGUUUUCAUAGCGGGUAUGAGAAGAUACUUGAUAUUUCUGAGCUGCUCACAAACCCCUGCACAGCUCCUAGAAUGCAGCCGCCAUCCUACACACAGCUCCAAAUUGUGGGUGCUGGGAACUAUGAACUGUGCCUGAAAAGCAUUGACAGGAUCUUCAAUGUUAGCAACUGUCCGUACUCCAGCUGCUCUUUCAAUGGCAUCUUCUUGCCUCCUGUGAACGGGGAAUUUGGGGCAUUUUCUGCUUUCUACUAUGUAAUGGAGUUCCUCAAUGUGACAAGCCAACCGCUGGAACAGGUGACAGAGAGACUGAAGACCUUUUGCUCCAAAUCCUGGAAUCAGGUGAAGGCAGACUUUCCUAAGGUAAAGGAGAAGUACUUGAGUGAUUACUGCUUCUCAGGUACCUACAUUACCUUACUGCUUGGCCAAAGAUACACUUUCACCAAGGAGAAAUGGUCUCACAUCCAGUUCCUGAAGAAGAUUGGUAAAAGUGAUGCUGGAUGGACUCUAGGCUAUAUGUUGAACCUCACCAACAUGAUCCCCGCAGAGCAUCCCUAUACGUUUCCAAUGUCUCAUGCUAGCUAUAUCAGCCUCAUGGCCGUCUGCUCCAUUCUGGUGGUGUCUGUGCUUCUCAUAGUCUUGGCGAUCUAUCGUAAACCAAAGUGUCUUCAAAAGGGAAUAAUUUAGGCUGGACUGACCUAGCCCAGAGCAAAAACGGCAGUGAAGGCCAGAGCUGUGUACUCUCCUGUUGUGUUCUACUGAAAUAACUGACUUGUGUGAAGGUCUUCUGGGCCACUUGCUCUGGCACUGAUGGACUCCAAGAUAGCAAGAUGCUGCCUUUCUGUCAUCUCCCCUGCUUUGGAGACUCACCACCCAUCCUGAUCCUGAGUGGGGGGCUGGUGGUGCGGGCCUAGGAUGUGGUAUUGAACACCUGCUUCUCUCAGGUCUGCCCCUUUGUGUAUUGCCUUGAUACCACAAAUUCAACACAGGGGGCACCCAGUCAGAAAUAACUGACUGAACAAUGCAGGGCCAGACUCAGCCUGCAGAAUCCGCUGCUCUUGGUUGCACAUUCCCAUCUGCACCCACUGGAAAGUUCAACAGUCAUGCUGUAACGCUGCCAACUGGGUCUUCUCCAUGCACAGCAAUUAAAUCAGUGCUUAACAUAAGUUUAUGGAGAAAUCCUCCGUGUAAGACUUUGGAGGUGAGGACUUUUGACAAUAGGCUGUCCCGUAUCUAAUCAGCAACUAGGAGAAGAGAGAGGCAGCUGAAUGUACCCACUCAUGAGAAGGCUGCAGAGCAAAAUGUGUUGGCCACAAAACCCUGACCUGGGAGAGAAUGUCAGCUUCUGCAUCUUGUCUGGAACAAGUACAACUGAACUCCUCCCAAGGUAUCAUAGCUGCUACCAGGGCAAUGGGCCUUGUACUGAUGGACUAUCUGUGAAUUGUUUGGAUUAGUCAAAGUGACCCACAAUUAGCAGUUUCCUAUGGGUUAUGUAGAUCUUGGACUGAGAGAGGAGAGCUGGUCUUGUGGUAGCAAGCAUGACCUGUCCCCAUAGCUGAGCAGGGUCUGCCUUGGUUGCAUAUGAAUGGGAUACUUGAUGUGUGAGCACUGCAAGAUAUUCCCCUCAGGGGAUGAAGCCGCUCUGGGAAGAGCAGAAGGUUUCAAGUUCCCUCCCUGGCUUCUCCAAGAUAGGGCUGAGAGAGAUUCCUGCCUGCAACCUUGGAGACGCCACUGCCAGUCUGUGAAGACAAUACUGAGCUAGAUAGACCAAUGGUCUGACUCAGUAUAUGGCAGGUUCCUUUGUUCCUAUGUUGAGGUCUGAUGUUGCACCCUCUUCAUCAGCUUGUAUUAACACUGGCACCAUGAUCAAAUUCAUAAGAAGACCAACUAUGGAGGGGGCGGGCAUAAAUAACCUAUUUGCAACAUCUUUUAAUGCUUGCAAUGGAGGAACUCAAAAGCAGAGGGGAUGGCCUUUUGCACUCUAGGCUCUCCAGCUGCAAGGGAAGAUCCAGAGACUCUCCUCUGUAUCUAAAUGGCACACAAACUGCCUGACUAAUUUGCACUUUGAUGUGAUCGAAAAUGAGAGAUUCAUAUAGACAAGGCCUUUCUAGCAUUCUUCUGACCGCUGUGCCAACCUGUUGUCUAGCCUGCUGAUCAGCAAAUCUACCAGUAAGCUUUGUCCUCCAGUGACAACAUUGACCCAAAGCUCUACUUGAGAGGAUCCUCAGAAAACAAGUCACUCACCAUUCUGUACCACUCAUGUGAAAAACCACUCUGUCAUUUGCUGCACAAUAACAAUAUUUCUACCCACUUCCCAGUCUGUUGGGAAAGGGAGUUGAAGAGAGAGACUUUCAUCUUCCUAUUGCUAUGAAUUUUUUUCAAUUUUGAUCAAAGUGCCGUGCUCUAGGGAUGGGUUUUUCCCCGGUGGAGUAUACAGGCAAAGCUGGAACAGCUUCAGGGGUUGGAUCCCUGCUCGGCCUCAUAUGCAGAAUCAUGGGGUUUUAGCCCCCACUAUAAAGUUUAGAAGGUGCAUGUCCUGAUCUCAGACUGCUUUUCCAGUCUUCCGUGGAAUCCUCCAGACCUUUAGCUGGGGGAAUGCAAGGGAGUUCUGGGUUAAGUGUGAUCCUUGUGCUUCUGAAGAAAUCAAAGGAGGGAGAUCAGAUUAUUUGUAGAAUGGUAGGAGCACUGCAGACUGAAGAUAUUGUAAGACAGUAUCCUCGAUCCAGGGGCCAACCUAACUGAAUUAGCACAUGUCUGCCACUCAAGCCUGGCCCUGAAGUGAUUUUUAGCACUUAAGAAGGAUGAUCCUGAUCAGUUUUCAUGCUGGUGCUUAAUGCAAGGUAGUUGCUUUCACUCUAGCACAUAUUUAUAACCAGACAGGUAGGUGCAUACAAAGCAAGAGACUUGGAGCUGGGGGAAAGUGAAUGUGCCCUUAUUAUUUAACACAAGGUGGGGGUGUUCAAUCACACCAUUCCCUUCCUCAGGAAUAUUCGGUCAAAGUAGCAUGGAACCACCAGUGGCAUUACAGUUCACUGGCUGGCAAAAGGUUUUUUGGUUUUGUUUUGUUUUGUUUUAAUAAUCCAGGGCAAAGCAACAAUAAAAAAUAACAGGUCAGGCACAUAAGAAAACCCACACACAAUAAUAUUCUAGUGUUACAUUCUGGUAAAGAUAGCAGCUGACAGGAGGAAAAAUACUCCAAGUAGUCCUAUUUAAAUUCGGAAGGCAGGUUAAGCAUUGCCUAACUUGUCCUUUUUAUUUUUACAUUUUGGAAUGGAUGGAGGGUUGCAGUUGCUUCCAAUGUUACAAGUUUCCAAAAUGGGAAGUACUUCCAUGUUGGAAAAAGCAUGAAAACCAUGUGUAGAUCAUCGUAUGUGACAUUUGCACAUUGCAUUAUUCUGACCAAGGUUUUCCAGCAUAUGCACAUGUGCUGUUGCAUGGAAAUAAAUGUGCAUGCAACUAUCCUGUGUGAAGACUGAUGCAUAGUUUUCACUGACUUUUUUCUAUGCAUAACAGCUUUCCAUGUAAGGAGAUUCACAUUAUUUUUUGAAAUCCUGAGAGAUGAUUCAUCUCUGAACAAGGGCAAUUAUUAUUAACAUUACUAGGGGGUCUUUCAGAAGAAAUCAGUUGUCCUGCAAGAGCUAAUUAACACUUGUCAGGGAGUGGCUGGAGGGGCUGUUUGCUUUGCAGCUUUGCCUGAAUAAAGCUUUCCAAUUGUACUUCCAGGCUUCCUUGUUUAAAUACCCUGCCUUGAAUUUAAAAAUCAACAGCCUGACAUUGUGAGUAAGCAAUCAGUCAGUCAUUCAGAAGAUUUCUAAAGUGGCUGCUCAGGUUAGACUGAGCAUGCAUUCUGUAUUGAUUAAGAAACAAGUGCUUUGGGGGCCACCAAACAGCCCCUGUUUACUGAGCUGAUAUGUAACAUGGGUGAGCUUAGUCUUUCCCCUUGGCUAAUCAGAGACUCCCUUGGCACUAACUUAAGUUACAGUUAAGUCACAAGGAUCUCCAUAUUCCUAUGCCAAGGCUCAGGAUCAUGUCAGAGAAAUCUGGUGCCUCCCUGCUGCUCUUAGCAACCACCCAACAUUACAUCCCUACGGCUUAACCCUAAAAUGCUUCAUGUUGAUCCUGUUUUACAUGUCCCUGGUUCCACCCUCUGACAACCUAACUAUUCUGCUUGUAUCACAGACAACACAGGAUACCCUACCCUAUUACUGGGCCUAGUGUUGACUGUAAACCCUUCAGUGGGUCAAUUCACAUUAACACGGCCCAAACACACAAAGAGGGGCAGGAACAUGCUAAGAGUACCCUUGCCCUGAUGUCACUGAAGGAUGUCCCAACCCGCUUUCGGGACGUCCUUCCAUCACAUGUGGGCGCUGUUCAUCCGAAAGGACCCUAGUUUAUUGGACAAUGUCCUGACGGCAUGUUGGGACAUCCUUCAGUGUGAUAUCAGGCUGGGUGCACUGUUGGCGUGUUCCCACCCCUCUUCGCAUGUUUGGGCCAUGUUCAUGUGAACCAGCCCAUCAACAGGCUGAUUUGCAGUAAUGCUUAUCACAGACAAGUGGUGGGGAAAGUGGUAGGGCACUAGUUCAGGAUUCUGAUUUCUGACAGUGGUCCCCCACUAUUUGUUGUGAAGUAUACAAUGAGUACUUGCCCCUGACAGUUUGCAGGCCUGGAGGGAGAGACCCAGGGUGUGUGCUCCUGGCACACUGUUGCACAUUGGUAACUAAGAACAGCUGACAUCCUUGUCUUGGCCUUCCGAUUCAGAUGUAGCAAACGAUUCACUUCGCACACAUGGACACCUCUGUAUUUGUAUGAAAAUAUUAAAUACGUUUUGAUUAA